CCCACCCAUGCGAUUUUUGUAAUUCCAAUCCACACUAGUAUUCCGUCCACAUACAUUAUCCAAUAACUGCUACAAUGAUCUUAACAAAAAUCACAGAAAAGUUUUGUGAGUUUUCUUCUCCAUUGCAAAGUUUGCAGUGUUCACCAACUCUUAAUUAGAAGAAGGAAAAAUGCUGAAUUUUUCAGAUGUAUAAGAGAAAAUUGUAAAGCUUUGCAAGAAAGUAGCGUCGUAUUGGUCAGUCGAAAUGGCCAGCUCAAGUCUCUUCGAUUCCGACACCGAAGCACCACUGCUGCUAAACGACACCGUGGAUGGUGCCGUUGACUACAAAGGCCGACCCGUUCUAAAAUCCAUGUCCGGCGGUUGGAGAUCCUCCGGUUUUAUCAUUGCUGUGGAGGUUGCGGAGAGGUUUGCCUAUGGCGGAAUCGGCGCCAACCUCAUAAGCUAUUUGACUGGGCCGCUGGGUCAGUCCACGGCCAUGGCGGCUGUCAACGUCAACGUAUGGGACGGAACGGCGUCGUUGAUGCCUCUGUUGGGAGCCUUUGUUGCAGAUUCUUUUCUUGGCCGAUACCGUACCAUUGUCUUCGCUUCUCUGCUCUACAUUUUGGGGCUAGGUUUGUUGACUCUGUCAGCUAUACUUCCUUCUCUCAUUGCUUCUGAGUGCUUAACUAACGGCAUUGUGUCGUGUCCUCCUAAGCUCCAAGUUAUAUUGUUAUUCUUUUCUCUUUAUCUGGUAGCAGUGGCACAAGGUGGACAUAAACCUUGUGUUCAGGCUUUUGGAGCUGACCAGUUUGAUGAAAAGGAUCCAGAGGAGAGUAAAGCAAAAAGUUCAUUCUGCAAUUGGUGGUAUUUUGGUGUAUGUGCAGGUUCCACGGUAACAUUAUCGAUCAUAAGCUAUAUACAAGAGAACCUUAGUUGGAGUUUAGGAUUUGGAAUCCCUUGUAUCAUGAUGGUCCUUGCAUUGGUUGUUUUCUUGCUUGGAAGUAUGACUUAUAGGUAUAGCAUCAGCCGAGAAACCAGAAGCCCAUUUUUGAGAAUUGGUAAUGUGUUUGUAGCAGCAUUUAGGAACUGGCGAAUGACCUCAUUAACAAUUGUAGCUGAAGAGGAAUCUCAUGAAGCAUUCCCUCACCAAGGUUCUGCCCAAUUCAGGUUUCUUCAUAAAGCCUUGCUUAAACCAGAUGGUGCAAAUGAUGAUGUGAAGGUGAGUACAAUUGUUGAGGUUGAAGAAGCAAAGUCCGUAAUUAGACUUGUUCCAAUGUGGGGAACGUGCUUGGUGUAUUCUAUUGUAUUUGCACAGUCAUCCACUCUCUUUACCAAACAAGGUGCUACUAUGAAGAGAACAAUCAUUCCAGGAUUUGACAUACCAGCUGCUUCACUUCAGUCUGUCUUGAGCCUUACCAUUGUCCUAGUCAUUCCAAUUUAUGACCGUGUUUUUGUCCCAGUAGCAAGGUGCGUUACUGGAAAACCAUCGGGCAUUACAAUGCUACAGAGAAUAGGCACUGGGAUGUUCUUAUCUGCUAUUUCCAUGGUAGUUGCAGCUAUAAUUGAGAUGAAGAGGCUUAAAACUGCACAAGAAUAUAAUUUGGUCGAUAUACCAAGUGCAACAGUUCCUAUGAGUGUGUGGUGGUUGGUUCCUCAGUACCUUCUGUUUGGAGUUUCAGAUGUUUUCACAAUGGUUGGCCUACAAGAGUUUUUUUAUGAUCAGGUUCCAAAUGAACUUAGGAGCAUAGGACUGGCUCUGUACCUUAGUAUUUUUGGUGUGGGGAGCUUUCUAAGUAGCUUUCUUAUCUCAGCCAUUGAUGAGGCAACUGGUGGGAAUGGCCAAGAUAGCUGGUUUUCUAAUAAUCUGAAUAAAGCACACCUUGAUUACUUCUAUUGGUUACUUGGUGGACUUAGUGUGAUGGGAUUGGCUGCCUUCAUAUAUUUUGCUAAGUCAUACAUUUAUAAUAAGAGGGAUAUAAUGUAAAUACUCAAAUAGUGCUCUCUCAAUGCUAUUUCCGUAAUUAGAAAGGAAUAUAGAUGUAAAAUUUCUGUAAUAUUUGAAUGUAAUUUUAAAACUUAUUCUAUAGUUGUAAAAAUUUCUCAAUCAAUAUGUUGUAAGCAAUUAAUGAAUGUCAUUAUUUACGUCAUAUGAUAA